CGGCAGCCAUCGGUAUCAUCUCGCGAAGCCUUGAACGGGUUCCCCCCCCUGUUUGACGUCACUUCCGCCAACCUCUAAAGCAAAGCAAGAUGGCGGCCGUCGUGGAAAGAGUCGAUGGGGGUGUUGUGUCUCUUGACUCGAACGCCGUGUCACCGAGACUGUCCACGCCACCUCCGGACCAGCCGCACCAGAACAACCCGCUGCUGGGUCUUCCCAUCGUGGCGAUAGAGACCAUUCUCAAUUUCCUGUCUUACGACGAAAUCAGCCUGCUCCGCUCGGUGUGCAAGCGGAUGGACAUGAUAUGCCAGCGCAUCCUGAACCAAGGUUUCCUGAGAGUAGAGCGCUACCACAGUCUGUGCCAGAGACAGGUGAAAGCACAGCUGCCCAGGCGAGAGUCGGAGAGAAGGAACCACUCGCUAGCUCGUCAUGCCGACAUCCUGGCUGCCGUCGAGACGCGCCUCUCCCUGCUCAACAUGACCUUCAUGAAAUACGUAGACUCCAAUCUCUGCUGCUUCAUUCCUGGAAAGGUGAUCGACGAGAUUUACCGCGUGCUGCGGUAUGUGAACUCCACGCGUGCGCCGCAGCGAGCUCAUGAGGUGCUACAGGAGCUGCGGGACAUCUCCUCCAUGGCCAUGGAGUACUUUGAUGAGAAGAUUGUGCCGAUCCUGAAGAAACGGCUGCCUGGGGCAGACCUGUCUGGGCGUCUCAUCGGCUCUGCUCCAGUGGCAGGUCCAUCUACCUCUCUGACCACCAUGUCGCUUUUGGCCAAGAAUACGCCAUCGCGCUCCGAGAUGACCAAGGUCCAGCAGCAGGUGAAGGUCAACGGGGCAUCUAUGACUGCCCUGCGACGGGAGAUGCAGGAGGUGCGCGUCAAGCAGCUGGAGCAGCAGAAGCAGCUGCAGGACCAGGAGCAGAAGCUGCUGGAGCAGACACAGGUCAUCGGCGAGCAAAACGCACGCCUCGCUGAGCUGGAACACAAGCUUCGCGAACUGAUGGACAGCAGCUCUGCCAAUGUAGGAGGCGUGACCAGACCUAGUGCUCCCGCUCCUUCCACGUCCUCCAACGUCGCCAUUGUGUCUUCCGCUGUCGCCAGCACCUCCAGUACAACCCUGGCAACCAGUGCUGUGGCCGCAGUAGCUGCGGUCUGCUUAGCCACAGAGCCAGAAGACGAGGGCAGUAUGUCGCUCAAACGUUCGAGGAAGAGCUCGGAUCUCCCACGGCACUCCAAGCGCCUGCGCAGCAAGAAAUAAAUGGACGCUUAAUAUGUUGUUCAGUUUCAUUUCAUCUAUAUUUGGUUUAGAGGUCGUCAUUCGCACCGUUUCCCCUCUCCUUCCCGGCACCUGCCCGAAUACUCCUGUACAUUUCCAGUAAUGUCCUGUGAGAUGAGUCAGAAGUAUCUCUGUGUGCGUUGACAGUUGAUAUGUUUGUCUCCUGUCACUUGCCAUCCUCCCACUGUAAUACAUAUGCGCCACUCCUUGGCAUGUCUUCAGGUGGGCCUUGCAAACAAUAGUGUUUAAUUAAGUGCUGCUUCUUCUUCGGCAGUCCAUCGAAACGAUGAUGGCUGAUGCAGUUUAAGCUCGGCAAGCACGCCUGUGGGCCAUCGGGCCCGCAUUAGAGCGAAAAUAUCGUCCACAUUUGUCACAGACGAAUGUUGUUUGAGUUGGUCUGUUAUGUCAUGUCAGGUCAGCCUUAAGUGCUGCUAUUCACAGCUAAACCACUGAGCCCAAAAAAAGUCACCGAGAUUUUGCACAACGUUACAGGGUUAGCAUUGAGUUUUCACUCUGUUGAUCUGAGGGGCUUUUAUGAAACCCACCUAAAAAGCGUUUUCAUUUGCUCCCUCAGUCAGUGAGGAAGAGGUUUGCCUCUCUUAAGAGUUUGUUUGAAGUAACAGAAGUUACUGUACUGGGCUUAAAGGUGGCUUUUUUUUUUUCUUAGGAGCUCGUGUUUCCAAAUUGAGAAAAAAACGGGAGUCAAACGAAUUAAUCUUAGGAGCCUGAUAUGUGAAUAUAAUUAAAAAUACUUGUUUCCAUAUAUUUACAGUUAAAUUGUACAAGUGCUCUUUUUGUCGAGUCUUGAGUCGGACCGGAUUUCUUUCUUGUAGCACAUGCCUCUACCAUGGUAUCACUGUAGAACUCUUGCCAAAUUGUGGCAACGAUUAUCUUGAGUUUAUUCUUGACUGACCCACUGAAGGAUAUGCAAACCUUUUAAAAAUGGCUUCAAAUCGGUUUUUCGCCCCUACAGAUAAGUAUUAAGUGAAGGCGCCUGUUGCCAUGUGGAAAAAGAAUUGAAAGUUGGUAACUGUUAAAUCGGUGCGCAUUUGUCUAAUUCCUACUUGCUAUUCCCUACUUCAGUCGAGUGCAAUAUAUAUGUAAAGGAAAAAAAAAAUCUCCACUUUAUUUUGCUUGUAGAUAGGUUGUCUAAAUCUGCAGUCCGGGACAGACAAGUUCGGGCAGAGCCGGCCCUUUAGUCACUACGAGAAGGAUGCAGUGUUGAGAGUAUUUAGUGUUCCGAAGCAAUUUGCCAAGAGCACACUCUGUUGAUUUAAAACUGCUUUUCUUUGUUCCAUACUGUGAUUAGUACCCUCGCGGUCCCGCUUGGCGGAGGGCCCGACAAGGUGGUUGGUCGUGUUUUUGACGGAAUUCUCCUCUUCAAUCCAUUGUGCCUCAGUUACCGUGAGAGAAAUUCUUCUUCCCCCUGGUUCACCAGAAAAUAUGUCGGUGACUCUGUGACUUUGUGACUUUUCAAGAACACAGGAAGUUUCUUCAUGGGGGGGGGGGGGGGGGUUUCAGACAGAUCUUCUCAUGUCCUCUUGGUACUUGUGAAUAUCAACACAUUGUCUCACUCCUCUGCUGUGAAGUGUAGACACGUGUUCACCUUUGUCCAAACCUGUCACAAAUGAUUGUCAAUAAAGCCCGUUUUUCCUGGUUAUUUACGGAUUCACCGUGAAAUCUGCUAUCCGCUAGUCGGUCACAAAAGAUGUGUCAGGUUUCUCGAGACAAAAUGGAAAGAAAAGCAACGUAUAUUUUGUUACUGGCAGUGUAAGUGUGAUGUCAUCUGCGUAGAUGGUGACCCAUCAUUUUGGAGUCAUGAAGUCAAGGUGAUGGUGUUGAAACGAGAUCGAACUUGUGACAGCAGACGGGAACGUUUUUUUUUUUUUUUUUAGAGAUCUCCUCGGAUUCUGGGAUAUGGGAAAAGCAAGAUUUUCAGUACACAGUCAUGUUUUCCCUAAAUGUUAAAAAAAAAGAAAGAAAAAAAAUUUAAAAAAAUCAGCCAAUGUGGAGCAGCCCCCUACCACUCGUGCACAUAUUUCUCGCUUGCCUUGCGAGGAUAGAUGGCGAGGCCGGAUAACAUCUUGGGGGGAUGGGGGGGGGUGCUGUUUUGAGCUCCUGUUCUGUUUUGGACGACCUCAAUCACUCAUGGCAUGAACUUAUUGUAACGUGAACUGGGAGAUGCAGUUCACAUCUUUUUGGACAACGUGUGCAUUAUAAACGCACUGGGCAGGAAAACACAAAUAUGUAAUCUAGUGGCUUAAUUUGAGACCUGGUCUCGGUUUAGAAAAAUAACUGUACUGUAAACUUUAUGUACUUAAAAGUGUAGAUUGUGAAUUCUUUCAUGUAUGUAUACCAAGGAAGAAAAUCAAUCUUUUGAGCUAGCCGUUGGGGCUGACUGUAUAGUUUGUUGCACACGUUCAUGUUUCAAAUGUACAAAUCAAGCCUAUUAAAAUUCAAGUUAACAU